AUGGACUCAAUUCCCCAGAGUUAUGAGACCAACACAGAAAACACUUCUAGACAUCCUCUUGAAGAACAGAAAAAUGGUCCAAUCAAAGAAUGCUGGCCUGAAUGCUUGCCAAGUAUUACAGAAGAAAGGGAAGAACAAUCAAUAGAAGAGAACAUUCCUUUGUCUCCCUCGGGAUUAGGGACAAGUGUGAAGACUCAAAUUGUAGAUGGCAGAUCAAUCAGACCUGGAGUUGGAAAAAGACAGAAAAACAUGGAAAAAUCCUUUGAAGAUCUGAAAGUAGAUACUUCAAGAAUUGAGACGCAAUACCAGGAUUCCAAUGAGACAGAGAUGACGGAUCCAAACUCAUUUCUGGAAUAUCCAGAAGGCAUUGUGAAGUGUGAAAAAAAUAGAGAAAGUCUUGCCAGGAGUCCUACCAAACUGCUUGGGAGAGUCAGUUUUAAUCAGCAUAAUCUCUCAUCUCCUGAUCAGUGGAAAAUAGGAAAACAACUGGGAAAAUGCUUGCAAUUAGAAAGGAAGGUUAUGUUCCCAGAUGACAAAAGUAGAAAUUGUUUUAUUUCCAAUGGUGUUGUAAAAUGUCAGCAUAAUAAAGGUGAAUCAUGGUCAGAAAGCAGAAAAGAAAGUAACUCUGAUUGUGAUGAUGAAGAGAUGGUAGGUGAAAAAGAAUCUGAACUAUCAUUUAAUUGGUCCAAACAUUCACAGCAGUGGCAUGAACAACUAAGUGACGUUAAGACACAAGUGGAUGGAAAAAAUGACUCUUCUUCUUCUGAUUCCAAAGAACAUUCUGGUAUAUUUUUCAGUGGAUCCACCAUUUCUAAGAUUCCAAUAUGGCUUAUGGAAGGUUUAGAUGAUGAUGUAUCACAGGUAACAGGAAAGUCUUCACUAGAUGUUUCUGACUUUCAGAACAUAGAAUGGGAACAGCCCAAUCCAGAGGACCAUAGUUCCAAAUUCCAGAUUAUUCAAGGUACACAAAGGAUUGGGCAGUGCAAAAAUAAACUUAAUGUUGAAGCAGAUGAAUGUUCAGAUAUCAAAUUAGAAAGGAACCCUGGGUUUAAGAAAAUCAAUGAUAAAAUCAUAAAUGUUACAAGUAAACCAGAGAAAAAACAAGAGAUGACACUUGCUAAAUUACAAAUGAAGUACCACAACAAUGCAAACCCUGGAAAGAGAUGGAAUGGAAAAUCUUCUUCAAGCGAUUCAUUCUGCAUAUUUACUGACAACGAUUUGCCUUGUCCUCCCUAUCUCACAAGGUGUGGGCUCCGUAGAGCAUCCAGCAGAGGCAAGGAUGGGGAACUCUCUGAUGCCGAUUAUGCCACAGAUGAGCCCAGUGAAGCUGAAGAUUAUUUCUUAAAAAGCUGUGGAAAAUCGUUUCCCAAGAAACUCAGUGCUCAGGAACUCAUGAGCCAAAAGGAAACCUCGCAGACGACAAAUAGCAGUAGUAGUGGCAGUGAAUCCAGUCUCGGAGAUGGCUGCUUGAAAUAUGAAAAGCCUUUCAUGGCAUCUCCUUUUCAUCCCCAGGAAGCCAUAAGAGAUCGACGAGAGCCUGAAGUACUGAGCAAGAGUACUGCAAACAAUUAUGGCGGAGAACUAAAUUGGCCGGCUCUUUCUCUGAGAAAUGAUCUUGUGGCUUGCCUCUUCCCUGUUUUCAAGAACAAAGCAAAUCCAGAACAUAGGAAAGGCAGUCAGGAGCAAGCUCCUAAGAGGCAAAUGGCCAAGCCAGAAGAACACAAAUGGGAGGAUCCUGUCAGUCACAGAGAAACCUCUCUCUUAGCUCAAAUGAAAGAUGAGCAAGCAAAAGCAAUGGAUUUUCUCAGAAGACAAAUCAGUCAGUAUGAUGCUAUGCAGGCUCAGCCAUCACAGCUCCUGAAAGAAUUUAAGAGUCAAGUAAUUUUGGAACUUGCCAGAGAAACACCAGAAUGUCAGACGCCCGUGCCAGCUAUUAAAAAAGAGGAAGAGUCUGAACAUAUAAGAAUGUUGAAGAAGCAAAUUGCAGGCCUACAGGAGGAGUUCAGGAGAAACAAAAUCCACUGGCAAGCUGCCCACAGCAGGCUAAGGAGUCAAGUGGAAGCACUGACCAAACAGAACCUGGAUCUCCAGGAUGAGCUUGAAAUGUCUGAGCAUCAGAAGAUGGAAACCCAGAGAAAUCAUGGAGCAGUGGAUUUUAUUAACAGAAGAUCAGAAACACCGCUAUCUGCUGCUAUCUUGAGAGGGACAUCCUCCCAAGAGUCUGUAGAAGAAAGACCAUUGCAAGAUAACCACAAGAAUCUCAUUGAUGUCCAUGUAAGAAGGAAAAUGGCAUUUGAUGAUUUGGCUCAUAAUGAUAGAAAUGCUCAGGCAACCAGAAGGGCAUUGCUGAGGUCUGAGUCACUGAAAACUGCAAGAGGAGAACCAAGAACAAGGAACCCAUCUAAAAUUCUGAACAAUAGAAGUUUAACCCCAACUGGUCAUAGGACACCCCAUCGAAUACCAUUUCAAAUUCAGAAAGCCUCACCUCAGUUGACUUCUGACCAGCAACAAAGCCAUGGAAGAAACACACCUAUAUCGGUGUCUAACCUGAGCAUAGACAAGAAUACUGCUCCAUCUUUGUAUGUAAAAGGUAAAAUAUGUUUUUUUUCUACCUCAGGUACUUCAGAAGAUGCAGCGUUUUCAAAUAGCCUAAACAGAGACAUUUUAAACUCCACACCUUUGGCUGACGUGGAAAUCCAGAUGAUGGAAGAUCUUGGCCAUAAAAGAGCUCAGAGGUUCAAGAAGGCCUCUAGGCCAAAGAGUGUCCCUGCAAAUGGAAGGAAAACACCUGAAGGCGAUCGUUCUACAUUUGAGAAGACUGAAAAAAAGCCAACAUUACUCAGAAGAGCAUCAUCCUGUAGUGAAAGCAAGAUUGGUAGAGAAGUGAAAGAAGAAAUCAAGUACCUAGAUGGAAAGGUGAAGCAGCUGUUCACCGAUGGACGCAGAAUUACUACAUACCCCAAUGGUACAAAGAUGGAAAUUAGUACCGAUAAAAAGACAGCUACUGUUACUUUUUACAAUGGUGAUAUUAAAAAGAUAUUAGCAGAUCAGACAGUGAUUUAUUACUAUGCAGAUGCCCAGACAAGCAGGACUAUUUAUCCAGAUGGCUUGGAGGUGCUGCAGUUUCCGAAUGAUCAGAUUGAAAAGUAUCAUCCUGAUGGUACUGAAGAGAUCAUCUUUCCGAACCAGACAGUGAAACGUCGCUAUGGUGGAGGUUUUGAGGAAACCAUUUUCCCAGAUGGCACAAUGGUUAAAAUAGAAAAAAAUGGAGAUAAAACCAUCCACUUUCGUAAUGGCCAAAAGGAGAUCCAAACUGCUGGGUCAAAAAGAAGAGAAUACCCUGAUGGUACUAUAAAGACUGUAUAUGGCCAGUGGGAAACCAAGAACGUUGCCAAACAGAUCCAAAUGGAGAACGACAAGGAAGCACUUAUUCUAGAUGAAUGA